AUGGAGCCCAUCGCCAUCAUCGGCAUGGACCUCAAGUUCCCCGGCGACGCCACUGACGCCGAGUCCUUCUGGGACAUGCUGAUGGAGGGCCGCUCGGCCCUGCGUGAGAUUCCUACGGACCGGUUCAAUGUGUCAGCCUUUUACCAUCCUGACCCUGAGCGCGCGGGCUCUCUCAACGUUACCAAGGGUCACUUCCUCAACGGAGACAUCGCCGCCUUUGACGCGCCUUUCUUCUCCAUCACGCCGGCCGAGGCCGCAGGCAUGGACCCCCAGCAGCGUGGUCUCCUCGAGUCGACGUACCGUGCGCUCGAGAAUGCCGGCCAGCCGCUGGAGAAGGUCACGGGCUCCAAGACUGGUGUCUUCGUUGGAUGCUUCACCCGCGAGUACGAGGCCAUCAUGUUCAAGGAGACGGAGACGCAGCAGCGAUACUUCGCCACGGGCACGGGGACGACCAUGCUCGCGAAUCGUCUGAGCUACUUCUAUGAUUUGCGUGGCCCCAGCGUUAGCCUCGACACGGCGUGUUCGAGCAGCCUCGUGGCGUGUCACCUCGCGUGCGCCAGUCUGCGGUCUGGCGAGUGCGACACUGCACUAGCCGCCGGCUGCAACCUCUUUUAUAACCCAGAUACUAUCAUCCCACUGACAGCCCUGGGAUUCCUGUCGCCCGAUGGCCGAUGCUACAGCUUCGAUAGCCGUGCCAACGGCUACUCGCGCGGCGAGGGCUUCGGCAUGGUGGUGCUCAAGCGGCUCAGUGACGCUUUGCGCGAUGGCGAUACGGUCAGGGCCGUGAUCCGGGGGUCCGCAAGCAACCAGGACGGAAGGUCGCCCGGCAUUACACAGCCGACGCGCCAGGCUCAGGUCGACCUCAUCCGCGCCGCUUAUGACGCCGCCGGCCUGGACCUUACGCGGACGCGCUUCUUCGAAGCCCAUGGCACUGGCACCCCGGUCGGUGACCCCAUCGAAGCCAGCGCCAUCAGUGGUGCCUUCUCAGAGCACCGUUCCGCCGCAGAGCCUAUGGUUGUAGGCGCUGUCAAGACAAACAUCGGCCAUCUUGAAGGGUCCGCAGGCAUUGCAGGCCUCAUCAAGACGGUACUCGUGUUGGAGCACGGCGUUGUCCCUCCCAACACGUGGUUCGAAAAGCCGAACCCCAAGAUCCCCGUCGACGAGUGGCAUCUUCGGUUCCCCACCGAGCCUCUGCUGUGGCCUGGCGAGGGUCUGAGGCGUGCUUCUGUUAAUGCUUUUGGCUACGGUGGUAGUAAUGCACACGUCGUCCUCGAUGAUGCUCUCCACUAUCUUCAGGAGCACGGCCUCAGAGGGCGACACCAUACCGCCAAGAAGGCGACUCUGAAGAAGGCCCUUACCAACGGACAUGCUGCCGACGGCGUCAACGGCCAUGGGACGAACGGUAUCAAUGGUCAUGAAGUCAAUGGCCAUGGUCAUAGUGCCAUCAGUCAACCGCGGGCCUUCAUCUUCUCAACAUUUGACCAAGACGGAGCGGCCCGUAUCGCGUCAACGUACCAGGACUUCCUCUCCUCCCGCAAGACGGUCCAGCCGCCGUCCCCAAACUUCCUUUCGGAUCUGUCGCACACACUCACACGCCGCACCGCCUUCCCUUGGCGAUUCUCUGUCGUCGCCAACAGCGUCGAUAAUCUCGUCUCUCGGCUUGCGGCCAGUCCCUCGCCAACCCGCGCCGCCUCAGAGCCCCAGCUCGCCCUCGUAUUCACAGGCCAGGGUGCUCAGUGGCACGCCAUGGGCCGUGAGCUUUUGACCUCCAAUCCCGUCUUCAGUGCCUCCCUCUUUGCUGCCGACCGCUACCUGCGCGGCAUCGGCUGUGCCUGGUCUCUUGUUGGCGAGCUUCUACAGGAUGAGUCAAGGUCGCGCGUCGCCGACGCCGCCUUUAGCCAGCCACUUUGUACGGCGCUCCAGGUUGGACUUGUCGAUGUGCUUGCCGCUUGGGGUGUGCGGCCCGCCGCCGUGCUCGGGCACUCUUCAGGCGAGAUUGCUGCCGCGUACGCCGUGGGCGCCUUGUCGCGCGAGGCGGCGUGGCGUUUGGCAUACCAUCGUGGUGCCCUGUCGUCAGCGCUUGCCGCGACCACUGGGAGCGACAAUCGCCGAGGCGGCAUGGCAUCUGUGGCCAUGAACGCCGAGGAUGCGACUAGAUAUCUCAGUGAUAAGCUUGGGGUUGCGGCUGUUGGGCGGGACAUUGUCGUGGCAUGCGUCAACAGCCCUCGCAAUGUAACCAUCAGCGGCAAUGCUGAGAGCGUCGACAAAAUCCAAAAGGCCCUCGAGGCCGAUGGCGUUUUCGCGCGCACGCUCCAGGUGAACAACGGCUACCACUCACCGCUGAUGGAACCCAUUGCUGAGGCCUACCGCGCGUCGAUCGGCGUGCUCGAGACUGCCGAUACUGGAGAUGAGAAGAGCCGUCCUAUCUUCUACUCGUCCCUCACCGGAACAACGGCCUCCAUAGCAGACCUCCAAAGCCCUGCAUACUGGGUCCAGAACCUCACUUCGCCUGUGCAAUUCUCAAAGGCAUUUGCUCUCAUGUGUUCCAGUGCAGGACCACAGUUCAAGAAGCUGGGCUCGCGUGGCGCUGCCCAUCAGCAGCAGCGGCCUAAGAUUAGCGAUGUCCUCGAGGUCGGGCCACACGCCGCCCUACGCGGGCCCAUCAGGGAGAUUCUCGACCUCGCGCCGCAGGUGACGGCUGUCGGCUAUGAAUCGAUCCUGCGCCGCAACACGUCGGCCACCGACACGGCCCUGACGGCGGCUGGCUGGCUGUGGUGUCAUGGCCACUCCAUCGACGUGACAAUGGCCAACGACGCGGCACACGAAGACAAUCCUAAUGCUUCUAGUCGCCUCCUCACUGAGGCGCCCGGCUACCCCUUUAACCACGCCAACCGGUAUUGGAAUGAGAGCCGCAUCAGCCGUGGCUACCGCUUCCGCCAGGCCACCCGCCAUGAGCUUCUGGGUGCCCCAGUGCCCGACUGGGACCCGGCGCACGCCGUGUGGCGGAACUACCUCCGCCUCGUCGAAAACCCCUGGGUCAAGCACCACCGCAUCACAGGUGCCACCAUCUACCCGGCAGCCGGCAUGCUCGUCAUGGCCAUCGAGGCUAGCCGCCAGACAGCCGACCCCUCGCGCGUCGUUCGGGGGUUCCGCAUCCGUGACGCCCGCUUCGCCGUCGCUCUGCGCGUGCCCUCCUCCCAGACGGGUAUUGAGACGCACUUUUACCUGCGCCCUGCACCCCGGGAUCACCCUGACACGGCGCUGCAGAGUGUGCGUGAGUUCGCCUUGAGCAGCUUCGAGGGUGGCGAGUGGCACGAGCACUGUCGCGGCCUUGUCGUCACCGAGUACGAGCAGCCGCCCACGGCCGUUGACGGCGGGCGCGAAGAGUCGUCUUUCAGACAAGCAUGCCUUGAGACCUUGGCACGCGUAGAGGCCGAGGUCAGAGUCGAGACAUCGUUCCGCCAGCUCUACGAGCACCUGUCGACCGUCGGCCUCGACUUUGGUGCUACCUUUCAGACACUUCGCGACAUACGCUGCGGACACGACGUCGGAGCUGCCGUCGCCACCGUUGAGCGCCAGGAUCUCGAGGGCCUUAUGCCCCUGGGCUACCUUCAGGAGCACCUUGUGCACCCCACCGUCCUCGACGGUAUUCUUCAAAGCAUCAUUGUGUGCUUGACAAAGGGCGGCCGAGAUAUGAACCAGGUCAUGGUCCCCUCUGAAAUUGGAGAUAUCUGGGUUUCGGCAUCGCCCACGGCCAAGUUCGAAUCGGUACGGGUCACCUGCGAAGGUUCGUUCCUCGGCAUGCGCCAAGCUGAGGCGCGCAUCGUCGGCGUUGACGUGGUCACUGGGGAGCCGGUCUGUACUGUUGAUGGUUUUGUCAUCACCUCCGUCGCGCGCGCCGAGACAAGCGCCGAAGCGGCAGCCUCAGCAGCGGGCAGGCGGCUCUGCUUUGACCUCGACUGGAAGAUUGACCCAGCCUUUGUCGACCAAAAGGGCCCCACGCCGGAACAGGCACUGCUCAUCGAAAGUGUCGAGAUGAUGUGCUAUCUAUACAUCCGGCGCUACAACGAUGCUUUCCUUUCGAGCCCUGAGCAGGAAACGAGUCAGCGAAAGAAGAGCAAAAUUGGCCACCACGCUCAAUACUUUGACUGGAUCAAGUACCAGUUGGAGAAAUAUGACACUGGCCUCGUGGCCCACGCCAAGACCGAAUGGCGACAGCGCGCUGCCGACGAUGAAUAUGUAGCGCUUAUGGAGAACAAGCUUCUCGAAGCGGGCUCGCCUGAGGGUAAACUCGUCGUCAGCGUUGGUCGGCAGCUCCCAGCCAUCUUGGCGGGCGAGGCCGAUGCCCUUGAGCUACUUUUCCAAGACAAACUCGUCGAGAACGUGUACCGGUCUGGCGUGGGCGCCGAGCUGGGCUACCGUCGAAUGGUUUCUUACAUCGAUGCCAUGGCUCACAAAAACCCUGCCAUGCGCAUCCUCGAGAUUGGCGCCGGUACGGGCGGUGCCACUCGUCCCAUCCUCGAAUGUCUCACGACGCAUGGCAUCCCACGCUUCAGCCACUAUACCUUCACCGAUAUUUCCAUUGGCUUUUUCGAAAAGGCUCGUGACAUGUUCGAUAAAGAUGCUGGCGGUCGUAUGAGCUUCCGCGCUCUCAAUGUUGAGGCAGACCUUGCAGACCAGGGCUUCGAAAACGAGGACGACCAGUACGACCUCAUCGUCGCCGCCAACGUCAUUCACGCAACCAAGAGUCUCCAAAAGACGCUCACAAACGCCCGCAAGCUGCUCCGGCCUGGCGGCAAGCUGAUGCUGUACGAGAUGACCAACACGGACAUGAUCCGUACUGGCUUCGCCUUUGGGCUGCUGCCCGGCUGGUGGCUGUCCGCCGAGGAUUUCCGCAAGUACACACCCCUGGCGAGCCCCCAGGACUGGUCCGCAUCGCUCAAGAAGAGCGGAUUCAAUGGCAUCGAUGUUCAAAUGUACGACUUCCCUGAUCACCGACACCAAAUGGUGAGCGUGCUUAUCUGCAGCGCCGAAGGCGGGCCAGCAAGUAGUACAGCUGGGACUGGCGCCCCUACGAUCUCGAACACUUCGUCAGAAGCUCUCACCAUUGUCGUCAGCGGCUCGCCCUCUAGCUCGUCCCUGCAGAUGACCUUAGCUGAGAAACUGGAAAGAUCGGGCAGUGCCGGUUCCAAGAUUGUCCGCCUCCGGGACUUUGCAGCCCUCGACACUCGAGAUGUUCAGCAACGUCGGUGCAUCUUCCUCGGAGACAUUGACUCCGACUUCCUCGAAAGCGUGCAAGGUGAUGAGUACAAUGCCUUGCAGAGGCUAGUAUCAACCGUCAAGACGCUUCUCUGGGUGAAUCAGGGAGGUGGACCCUUGCCCGCCAGCCCAGGCGCCGACAUGGUCACCGGCUUCGCGCGGUGUAUGCGCGCCGAGAAUCCAGGCCUGAUCAUGCUGACACUCUCGCUGGAAAGUGCCAGCAAUCUCGACUCUUCGAUUUCCACCAUAUUGCGCGUUCUUCAAGGAUCUGGUGGCGAGAAUAGCUUCUUCGCGAGCAAUGGCGGUUCCAUACUCAUCCCCCGCAUCACCGAGGCCACCCGCAUGAACGAAGUCAUCGCCGCCAAGGCAAAGGGUGGUGCCUCUUCCACUGUGUCAGAGACGUGGGCGGCCGCCACUUCUGGUAGGGCGCUCAAGCUCGCUUGCGAUACGCCAGGCCUUCUCGAUACGCUGCAGUUCCGCGACGAUCCCCUUCAAGAGCAGCCCCUAGGCUCUGAGGAUGUCGAGGUACAGGUGCACGCGACUGGUCUGAACCUACUUGAUGUCAUGAUCGCGCUUGGCCAGGUGACAGGCGAAGCUUUCGGUCAAGAGUGUGCCGGUGUUGUGACGCGCGUAGGUGACGGCGUCAGUCGCGUUGCCGUCGGCGAUCGAGUGUGUGGGCUGCUGCGCGGCACCUUCAAGAACCUGGCGCGUGGCACGCAGUGGCAAUUUGUCAAGCUUCCGUCAUCUAUUGACCACGCCGUUGGUGCCGCCAUGCCCGUCGUCUACACAACGGCUUACUAUGCACUCCACGACCUGGCGCGAUUGCAAGCCGGUGAGAGCGUGCUGAUCCACUGGGGUGCUGGUGGCGUCGGACAGGCGGCUAUUCAGCUGGCCAAGAAGAUUGGUGCCGACGUUUUCGUUACGGUCGGUUCGCUGGAGAAGCGGGACUUUGUACACGAGCACUACGGUGUUGCGCUCGACCACGUCCUUUCGAGUCGUGAUCUCUCGUUUGUUCCGGGCAUCAAGAGGCUGACAGGGGGCCGUGGCGUCGACGUCAUCUUGAACUCGACAUCUGGCCAGACACUGCGGGCGACAUGGGACUGCAUCGCGGCAUAUGGACGUUUCGUCGAGAUUGGCAAGGUCGACAUAUUUGCCAACGCGGGACUUCCCAUGGCUCCGUUCAAGAAAAGCGUCACCUUCUCUUUCUUCGAUAUUGGCCUUUUGUCGCUCGAGCGGGGCCCUCUUUUCGGCCGGGUGCUCCAAGACGUUGUCAACCUGCUCGCAGAUGGGUCAAUCACGCCGCCGCAGCCGCUGCAUUCGUACACUUACUCCAACAUACAAGAGGCGUUCAGGAUCAUGCAGGCAGGAACGCAUACCGGAAAGCUUGUCCUCGAGCCUCGUCCCGAUGAUUUGGUAACAGUUGAGCCGAGCCGCAAGCCAUCGUACUCAUUUUCCGCCGAUGCCGCCUACGUACUAUCCGGGGGUGGUGGCGGCCUCGGUCGAAGCACAGCACGGUGGAUGGCCUCCCGUGGUGCAAAGAACCUCAUCAUUCUCUCGCGCUCGGGUACGUCACGUCCAGCAACGCAGGAGCUCGUCGACGAGCUCGCACAGGCUGGCGUCAACGUUGUGGCUCCGCAGUGCGACGUCUCGAACAGAAAGGCCCUCACAGCUAUCCUUGACGAGUGCGCCGCAACAAUGCCGCCCAUCAAAGGAUGUAUCCAGGGCUCCAUGGUGCUCAAGGACUCUCUCUUCGCCAACAUGACGCAGGAGGACUACUACACGGCGGUGCGUCCCAAAGUAGUGGCUUCAAGAAAUCUGCAUGAGCUGCUGCCUAGAGACAUGGACUUCUUCGUGCUGCUCUCAUCGGCGUCGGGCAUCGUCGGCAAUCGCGGCCAGUCCAAUUACUGCAUAGGCAACACGUACCAGGACGCGCUGGCACGUCAUCGCGCAGGCCGUGGGCUCCCUGGUGUGGCCGUGGAUCUAGGCAUGAUCCUUUCCGUGGGAUUUGCUGCUGAAAACCAGGGAAGCAUGGCCAACCUGCGACAGGAAGGUUUCAAUGCCAUGCGUGAGGAUGAGUUCCUAGCUUUGCUGGACAUCCUAUGCAGUCCCCCCGAUCUUGACGCCGACGCAAACGAGAGCCCGCAGAUCGCCGUCGGUCUCGAGGUGCCUGCCACGCUGCGGAUCAAGGGCAUCCCAGAGCCGGCCUGGCUGCACGAUCCCCUCUUCCGUCAACUUUACCAGAUCCGUGGCGAUGGCGGUGGUCACGGAGAUGGCGAUGGUGAUGGUUCCGCUUCUUCGACAUCCUGCAGCGUCCUGCUACCCGCAGCAUCGUCGCUCGCCGAUGCGGCGGAUAUUGUGGGCACUGCCAUCGUCCAGAAGCUAUGCAAAGCGCUAUCGUCGAGCGAGAGGGACAUUGACACGUCGAAGCCGCUUCAUAGUUAUGGCGUCGACUCUCUUGUCGCUGUCGAGCUGCGCACCUGGUUCAUGAAGGAGGUCGGGGCUGACAUGGCCGUUUUCGACAUUAUGGGCGGGUCCAGCUUGAAGGAGCUGGCUGAGCUGGCUGCUAAGAGGAGCUCCUUCGUCAAUCUUGCUGAUGAGGAUGCCGAUGAAUGA